AUACUGAAAAGAAGAUUAAGGAAGACCUCUGCUUACAGGUCAAAUGUUUGAAAUGAGACAAUUUUAGUAAAGUUGCAAAAAUGGUCAUUACUGUUCAAAAUAUUACUUCAACAACAGCUCGGGUGACAUGGCCUCCUUCUGCAAAGUGUGCAGACAGCUUCUACAGUGUUAUGUAUCGUCCUAACUGGAACAGUUUGAUCACAGGUUAUUCCAGAAAAAACUUUCUGAAGGAAGACAGAAUUCCUGGCAGUCAAACUUCCACUAAUCUUGGAAAUUUAAAUCCACAAACCACGUAUAUUGUUUGCAUCACCUGUCAGUCAGCAAAUCCAUCCAGUGAUCAAUGCCGUAUCUUCAACACCGUAGGGCAGGAUGCAUCCUCAAUGGGGAGUGGCAGGAAGGAAAUUGCUAUGGGCAUCUGGCUUACCAGUAGUAUUCUACUGCUCAUAAUUGCUGGAAUCUUGCUCUAUGGCUGUCUGCAUAUUUGGUAUCGCAGGAGGCAAGGAAAUUCUGAUGACAACAGUGUGGAUCAGCAAGUGUCUCAAUGUCUGAAUAAGGUUCACAAUGACAAAAGGUGUGCUACGGACAACCCUUACGUUCAAAAGGUGGAUGGAGAUGGUACACAUCCAGCAGCAAUAAUUGAAAACCCCUUCAUUCCAACACAGACCGCUACAUUCAAUGACACAGGGCAGGAGAUGACCCAAAUUUCAAAUCAUGAAAUGAACAAUUCACCACAAAGAAUUUAAGAAAUAUUUUGAAGUGUAUCAAAUAGACAUCAUAGAACAAUGUAGGAAAGGUGUUUGUGCAGCUUGUCCCCCAUGGUACACAUGAACUCUGUGUCCACGGGGAACAGGACUUCUACUUAGGUAAAGCACAACAUUAACAAUGUCACGUCUUACUUGCACAAAACAUAAGACAUAGGAAACACAUGUUUGAUAUAAAUUGUCUUAUGCAGAGGUACAUUGAUUAUGCAGGUUGCUUCUGUGAACCAUAAUGAACCUUACAAAACAAGGUGGGGGUGACUACAAAGGAUGGUGUAACCACAAUUACAAUCUUUUUAUUGAAACAAAAACAUAAAGAAGCAUUUCAACUGGGUUCAAUUAAUAUUAAAGAAUAAAGAAAUUUAAUGUUACUCAAGUCUCAAUAC